AUGGAAGUAUUUGUCCGUUCUCGAGAGUGGUUGCUGAUGCCUGCACCUUUUGAUGGCAACAUAAAAACAGGGCCCAAAGUAACGUUCAAGAGAAUCCAGCAACACAUACAAGAGAAGUAUGGUACAAAUAUAGGCUUACCCUGACCGCAAGUCGACACGUGGUAAUUUUUGUUUUCGUCUAAUAGACGAUUUUCUAUACUGUCAUCGUUCUUAUUGCACAGUUUGUAGUUCCUUUCCAAAAAGAGAAUCUUACUUCCUCCUCCGUGUAUGGAGCGAUGCUGUUUAUCAAAGACUAGACGAAUAACAGUUAAAAGAUGGGCGACAUGAGGUUUUUCUGAAUUGUGAUGAUGCUGUCGGGUUCCGUAUAGACACUACUUAAACGCAUAAAAAACACAAAGGUGUGCAGCUAGCUGAUCAGCCAGAUUUAACAACUAGAACCGAUUUUGUUAAUAGCUAUACGGCACUUCUACAGACUUCAUCUUACCUUUUUAUGGAGACAGACACGACACCUAAGGCAUGUGUUGGGAAAGUUAAGCCCCAUGUUCUCUAUGAGAAAUUGCCAACCCAAUACAUGGCAGAUAUUCAAAUGUUGGAGAAGAAAGAAUUAUCGUCUGUGUUCAAGCUUUGAGAUGAUGAGCCAAAGAAAACCUGGUGUGUACGAGUCGGUGAUGCUGGAGAUGAGAAACCAAGCCAUGAGGAUGUAACACCUUUGUGGGCAGAGAAGCAUCUCCGCGAGAAUCACUAUUUUACCUGUGUCACCUCACGGGACUUUGAUGGUUCAUACCUCUAUGGUGUAGAGCGUAUUCACAUUUUUUUCAGAACAGCCAUUCUACAGAAAUUAUUCGAGAUUAGAUUCUCCUACAAACGCUGAAAUUUUUCAUGCGUUUGCCUACUCAUCAAAAUGGCGUCAUAAACCCUGACAAGGUCUAUCUAACAAUCAGUUCAGAUGAUUUUUGCAGAAAACUGGUUUCUUGUUCAAUACGAGGACCAACCUGAUACCCUUAGAGUAUUGAAUGAACAGGAGGUAAAACACCUGGAUUCUGGAGAUGAAGAAGACAUAAAAGAAAGGGAGACAAUUAUGGCCUGUUGGUUAGCAGAGAAAAGCUACUAUGAAGUACAACUGCUUAAGAUUAGUGGUCACAGUUUUUAAUUUUUAUAGUUUACACUUCACGUUUACAUAGAGAUACAUACUGCAUCGAUAUAUUUUAAUAUACAUAACAAAUUUCAUCAUUACUUCUCUUAAGAUGACAAGAAUGAGCUGUUAAAGAAAGAGUAUGGAGAUAAGCCUCAAAGACAGCUCACUCAGAAAAGCACUUUCUUGCCUAAAGAAAAGGCCAAAAACCACAAAGAAACAGAAACCAAGAAAGAAGGCCAAAGUUGCACAAACCGAUGA